CAAGUUUGGGAAACGCUGGUAGGGUAAGGACGUCCCAAGAAUUCCGGAUAGCACUAACCAUGUACAGCUCAGCUGCUACACCAAGAUAACCCGUACAGCCGCCUCCAGUAGAGGGCGACUACAACAAUUCGUCUACAGAAUGCAACAUCCUUGGGACGUCAAAGAAGAGGUUACAGAAGGGGGGGCUGGCCCUUUUUUGUUCCGCUGGAGAAUCGUGCUUGAACGGUGAGCAGGAGCAUAACAGACCGAUAAGAAAGCAUAGUGCCACGGACAAUCUUAUCAGGCCAGGCAAAGAGCGUUCAACCCGGUGGAAAGAAGAACGACGCAAGGUAUCACACAAGAGCCGUUCAGCAGCGGUUUUUGGGUUAUCAGACAGGCAGCUUUUGUCGUUACAACUCUGUGUGUCUGGGGGUACUGGAAGGGGUGGGGGUUUAGCCAGUACGGAGAAGACUACACGCCGAGAGGAGGGGGCUGGAAGUCUGAAACUCUUCCAGCCUGAAAGGGCCGGCGCUGUGGCCAUAGAACCCUGGACUGUCUAGUGCCCGCGCGGUUAAGUGGAUGGGAUGGAGCCGGGACCGUCUGGCGCUGUGCCCAUGGGGCCCUUCCCCCCACCCCUGCAGCAGGUGUUCCAGGCACCCCGCCGGCCGGGUAUGGGCACGGUGGGCAAGCCCAUCAAGCUGCUGGCCAACUACUUUGAGGUGGAGAUCCCCAAGAUGGACGUGUUCCACUACGAGGUGGACAUCAAGCCUGACAAGUGCCCCCGACGGGUCAACAGGGAAGUGGUGGAAUACAUGGUGCAGCACUUCAAGCCCCAGCUCUUUGGCGACAGGAAGCCGGUGUACGACGGCAAGAAGAAUAUCUAUACGGUGCUAGCGCUUCCUAUCGGAAGUGAGAAGGUGGACUUUGAGGUGACUAUCCCCGGGGAGGGGAAGGAUCGUAUCUUCAAGGUGUCUAUCCGCUUCCUGGCCACGGUGUCAUGGCGUCUGCUCCAGGAGACACUGGUCAGCGGGCGCCUGCAGGUCCCCCUGGACUCUGUCCAAGCCCUGGAUGUGGCCAUGCGCCACCUAGCCUCCAUGAGGUACACUCCAGUGGGACGAUCAUUCUUCUCCCCACCUGAAGGAUACUACCAUCCCCUGGGAGGGGGGAGAGAGGUGUGGUUUGGUUUCCAUCAGUCUGUACGCCCCGCCAUGUGGAAAAUGAUGCUCAAUAUUGAUGUGUCUGCCACGGCCUUCUACAAAGCCCAGCCGGUGAUCGAGUUCAUGUGUGAAGUCCUGGACAUCCGCAACAUAGACGAGCAGCCCAAGACCCUGACCGACUCGCAGAGGGUCCGCUUCACCAAGGAGAUCAAAGGUGGGGCCGUUGAACAGUGGACAGGAGCAGAAGCACACCUACCUGCCCCUGAGUUGUGGAUUUCACAGAGUGCAAACAGCCCUGACAUUGAUCUGGUUCUGAAGCUUUUGUCUCCCACCUGUUCCACCUCACAGAACCGGGCCAUCGCCACGCCCAACCAAGGGGUGUGGGACAUGAGGGGCAAGCAGUUCUACAACGGUAUUGAGAUCAAGGUGUGGGCCAUCGCCUGCUUCGCCCCCCAGAAACAGUGUCGGGAGGAGGUGCUCAAGAACUUCACAGACCAGCUGCGUAAGAUCUCCAAGGAUGCUGGGAUGCCCAUCCAGGGCCAGCCGUGUUUCUGUAAAUACGCCCAGGGAGCCGACAGUGUGGAGCCGUGGAGCUAUCUGCUGAUCCAGUUCUACAAGUCGACCCGCUUCAAGCCCACCAGGAUCAUCUUCUACAGGGACGGAGUGCCUGAGGGGCAGCUGCCACAGAUACUCCACUAUGAGCUUCUGGCCAUCAGGGAUGCGUGCAUCAAGCUGGAGAAGGACUACCAGCCUGGUAUCACCUACAUCGUGGUCCAGAAGCGCCACCACACACGCCUCUUCUGUGCCGACAAGUCUGAGAGAAUCGGGAAGAGUGGUAACAUUCCUGCAGGGACCACAGUGGACACCAGCAUCACUCACCCGUUUGAGUUUGACUUCUACCUUUGUAGUCACGCGGGUAUACAGGGGACUAGUCGGCCCUCGCAUUACUACGUCCUGUGGGACGACAAUCGUUUCACCGCCGACGAGCUGCAAAUCCUCACCUACCAGCUGUGCCACACCUACGUGCGCUGUACCCGCUCCGUCUCCAUCCCCGCGCCAGCCUACUAUGCCCGCCUCGUGGCCUUCCGUGCCCGCUACCAUCUGGUGGACAAGGAGCACGACAGUGGGGAGGGCAGCCAUGUCUCUGGGCAGAGUAACGGUCGGGACCCCCAGGCUCUGGCCAAGGCGGUGCAGAUACACCACGACACGCUGAGGACCAUGUACUUCGCCUGAGCACCACCCCACACCACCAUCACCACCACUGUCCUUAAGACUCACCAUCCCUCGGUGAGGGGCYYGGGAGCCCACWGGAAGCCUUCCACCUCUCCUCCUCCCUCCAUGGCUGUGACCACCCACACACUCCACAUACCCUCUCUUGACUGACCCACCACAGCCAAACCACCCCAGUACCAGAACUAUACAUCCCUCACCUGAUCAACCCAGGCAGACUGCAGCGUCCCUGCACAGAAGGUUAUUAUUAUCAUUGUUGAUAUUAUUAAGUGUUAUUU